GAUUCUAGUUAUGGACAAACUAGUUGAAGUUGAUUCUAGCAAAGAGUGUUACUCUUUGAUUCUAGUGCUUCUCUUCUGUUUACUACUCUACUCUUUAAUUCCUUUUUUUAAAUUCUUUUUCAUGUUUUUUAUAAUUUUUUGCACGAAGAUCCGCAAAUUCAGCUUGGGUAAUAUUCAACAGAAAAAAAUUACUCUGAAUUCGUUGGGAAAACUAGGAUAUUCCCCUCACCAAAAUGAGUUCAAUACGGCAUCCACACGUCUACAUUUUUCAUAACGGGAUUUUCGAUUCCGAAGAAUGAAUGGCCUGAAAUAAACAAGUCUCAGAGAUAGAUCAAGAUGUACGUACUUAUCUGUGCCCAAAUAUUUCUCCUUUUUUUAUUAAAAUCUUACGCCGAUGAUAUAUUCGAAGCCGAUUUAGCAGAAGAUUUCAAAAUAGGGUUAGCAGAAAAGGGAUAUAAAUCUGUUAAAUUGAAAUGUGGGGCAAACCAUAUGAUUUUAACAAUUGAAACAGAUGAAGAUUUCACUGGUGUAAUUUAUACAAGGGGGAAUUUUUAUGAUAAGAAUUUUCCAUGUUUUGUGGAUGCAGCUAAAAGUGAAAACAAAAGGAAUUUCACUAUGAAGUUCAACCUGAGAGAAUGUAACACUAAAAAGAGAAAAGAUAGGUAUUUGAACACUCUCGUUUUACAACAUGAUCAUGAACUUAUAAUGCCAGGGGAUGCUGCAUUCAGUCUUGAAUGUGAUUUCAAGAAGUUUAGGGAAACUACUGACACUUUAGUUUUCGUAGAAAAAUAUGUUACAUCAAGGAUAGGAUUGACAAAUGCCGACCCAGCUGACAAAUCAAAAAGUUUACCAAUGGUAGACACUGGCACAAAUACAGCCAUUUUAACACCAAGUUUCUACAAAAAACACAAGGAUGAACUCUAGCCCAAAAUUUUUUUGUAUCUAACAAAAUUCACUCUUUUGAUAUUUUACGGAAAAUAUAUUGAAUACUUUGUGUCA